GAGAGAGAGAGAGAGAGAGACUAGCAGAGCAGAGAUCUCCCGACUCUUCUUCCUUCCUGGGUCUUCGAUUCACCACCGUCCGAUCUUGUUUCUCUUGCAAUUCAAUUCCGAGACUGCUGGUAUGGGAACAGAAGAAAUAACGAAUGAUGUGGAUGCCAACAAUUGGCAAUCUCAGUUGGUAUAUGAUCAGUGGGUAGCACUUCCUGUAUCUGGCUCACGACCACCAGCUCGCUACAAGCAUGCUGCUGUAGUAGUUGAUGAAAACUUAUCCAUUGUUGGCGGGAGUCGUAAUGGACGGCAUCUAUCUGAUGUUCAGGUCUUUGACUUUAGAAAUUUGCUAUGGUCAACUAUAAAACUGAAUGCACAUCCCAGUAGUUUUGAAGAUACUGGUUUACAGGAAGUUCUUCCACCCACCUCUUCUCACAAUCUGGUGAAGUGGGGCAACAAACUUCUUCUCCUUGGGGGGAAUUCUAAGAAAUUGUCUGAUAAAAUAAUAGUGUGGUUCAUCGAUUUGGAAACACACCUCUCUGGCAUCAUGGAGACUUCAGGAAAAGUUCCGGCAGCUCGUGCAGGGCAGUCAACUACACUGGUUGGCUCCAGAUUAAUAAUGUUUGGUGGAGAAGACAGGACCAGACAAUUGUUGAAUGAUGUCAAUGUUCUUGAUUUAGAGACUAUGACUUGGGAUGUGAUGGACACAUUGCAGACUCCUCCAGCUCCAAGAUUUGAUCACACAGCAGCAGUACAUGCAGAACGUUACCUUUUAAUUUUUGGUGGUUGUUCACAUUCUAGUUUCUUCGGUGAUCUUCAUGUUUUGGACUUACAAGCUAUGGAGUGGUCCCAGCCACAAAUUCAGGGUGAUCUUGUAGCUCCUAGGGCAGGUCAUGCGGGUAUAACUAUUGAUGAAAACUGGUAUAUAGUUGGCGGUGGAGAUAACAAAAAUGGCUGCCCAGAAACACUGACCUUAAAUAUGUCCAAGCUAGUGUGGUCAGUGUCAACAACUGUAAAGCAAAGAGAUCCACUCGCUAGUGAGGGUCUAACUGUCUGCUCCGUGAAUCUUGAUGGAAAGAAGCAUUUGGUUGCCUUUGGUGGCUAUAAUGGGAACUACAGCAAUGAGGUUUUUGUUAUGAGAUCCAAACCAAAUGACUCUUCGCAACGAAAGAUAUUCCAGUCACCUGCGGCUGCUGCAGCAGCAGCAUCUGUUACUGCUGCCUAUGCCUUGACUAAAUCAGAAAAAUUGAAUUUUACGACAGUACAUUCAAACUCCAAUGGAGCUGAAAAUCAUCAUACUGAACAAGAUUUUACAAUUGACAUUGAAGCCCUGAGAGAAGAGAAAGGUGUACUGGAAUUGUCUCUAUCUGAAAUCAGGAAAGAAAAUGCCAGGGUUAGCCAGGAGAUAGAUGAAGUCAACAAUACUCACAGUGAGUUGUCCAAGGAACUGCAAUCAGUCCAAGGGCAACUUGUAGCUGAGAGAUCAAGAUGCUUUAAAUUGGAGGCUCAAAUUAGUGAAUUACAGAAGAUACUAGAAUCAGUGCAGUCCAUUAAGAAUGAGGUACAGGCACUUCGUGGACAGAAAUCUGCAAUGGAACAGGAUAUGGAGCUUGCUUCAUCUGUUCAGAGACAAGGUUCUGGUGGUGUUUGGCGAUGGAUUGCUGGUAGUGGUGGCAACGCAUGAAACUUGCUAAAAAAGAGCUGAGAUAGAAGUCAUGACCCAUAUAUUGAAAUGGGAAUCAACUGUGACACAGGUUCCCCCAGCAGGCUGUUCUGAAGCUCACCAGUUGGCAUGUUGGAAGAAUUAGAACUGUUUGGUACAAUUGAGUACAGGGAAUUUCACACAUUAAGAUCGACACCCCAGGUCCAAAGUGAUGAGAAUUAGUCUAAGAAAUGACUAUGUACGCAAUUUAUUAUAUGAUCAUUUUAUAAUCCUCAUAUUCUUCUUAUUCUUGUCAUAUAUGAUGGUGAUUCAUUCAUGGAUUCGCAAUUUCGCAUGAUAUAGCAGCUCUAAGUGCUUGGAUUCUGCGACCCUCAUUGGAAAUCAGAAGGAUAAUGGGAUAUUCAUAUUUUCACCAGACAAUCCUGGCAAUGUCAUUGUAU